AUGUAUAUAGAAGCAUCCAGUCCAAGACAACCAGGUGAUAACGCAAAAUUGUACAGUCCUCCACUGAAAUUCUUUGGGAAUAUGUGCCUUCAGUUCUAUUACCAUAUGUCUGGUGCAACUACUGAAAGCCUGAAAGUCAACGUAAGUGGGAACUUAGUGUUCUCUGCACGUGGUGAUAAAGGAGGCUUGUGGCGUAAAGCCAGCGUAAAUAUAUCAGCUAUCGAGGGAUUGCAUAGGGUAAGCCAUGCGUUAUUUUUGUGUCUCUUCUAACAACAAAAAUGACAACAACCGAAUCUUUAUUUAACAAUAAAUCAGGAUAUUGAAAGUACAAUUAGAAUUUAAACUUUAAUGACCCCAUCAAUGGUGGUAAAACGCUGUUCUCUGAAAGCGGUAAUUGGGAAAGCCAACCGGGUUGGGAGACAUAGGCCACUAAUCGCUCACUUCUUUUUGUUAAUUUAACUGCCAUUAAAGUACAGCAGCGGGUCCGGGAAUUUUUUAAUAAAGGGUUCCGAACUUGUGCUCACCGUUAAAAGUAUGUUAAAACUGUUUACAACUGAUAGUUUUCACCAAUUCUGGCCAUCAUUCGCUGUCAUUUAGUUACAUUUAUAUAAACUACGUAGAUUCAGUUUUACUGAAAGCACCUUCAAUAACAAGAUUUUUCUGGUCUGAAGGGUGCGCAGGUCCACCAUCCAGAAGACGUCUUUCGGUUCUUGGGUCUAUGUUAUCCGAAUCUUACUUAAGCCAUACGUUUCUGUACUUCGGUCUGUAAUGAAAAACUAAAAAAGUCGACAAGGCUGCAUCCGUUAUAAUACUUCAUCUUUACCAUUAAUUAUAAAUUAAGCACACAUGAAAUAUAAGUGAUGUACCAUUUGGUAACAUUAUUUAGUCAUAGCAAGAUUAUUCUUUCUUACUCAUAGUGGUGCAAGUAAGUCCGUAAAUGUAGUGCAAAAUAUGAUGCACCUAGUGUUUCCAAGAGGAUGUGUUUUGCUAUUAGCCGACAUUUCCUUAUUUCUGUAGUUAAGUUUGCAGUUUUUUGACAAAUUCGAAGAUAAUUUUUCAUUAAUUUCAAGACAUUAAUAACAACAGCGACUCUUCCGGACUGAUUUCACCUUUGACAGGUAACAUUUGAAGGCGUAGUGGGAAGCGAUUAUACUGGUGACAUAGCAAUUGACGACUUCUCCUUGACAGCAGGGUCAUGUCCUUAUGGUAAGUUUUUUGACUAAAGGGUGUACUGUCACCUAUUUUGAAAUUUUAAAAAAGACGUCUUUGCAAAUUUUGAGAGCGUGAAGGGGGGCCGGGGCACUUGAUAAGCAAAUAGACAAGAUGUUACAGGGCUCUGCUUUCUUUUAUUCUCCCCGCCGGCGACGGACCUUUUCAGUUGUUGCUUCACCUACUUCGACUGCAACUAUUGGCGAACUUAAAAGCUGUUUUUUUUUAUACACAGUCCGUAGUCCGUGUUUUAUACUCAGUUUGUAGUUUCUAGUCUGCAUUUUAUACCUAGUCCGUGUUUUAUAAACAGUCCACAGUCCGUGGUCCGCAGUCUGCAGUUCGUGUUUUAUACUGACCGGUUCGAUGAGUUCGAUAAAGUUCGAUUACCGAACAGUUUGAUUGGUUACGUCCACAAUUAAGAGGCAAUGUCCCUCAAAGCGUUCCACUCGAUUUCAGACUCGAAAACACUUUUGCCUUAUAUUUAUAUCAUCAAUACCACUAUCCAUCCUUAUAACUAAAUUGCAGUUAGAAUGAGGAAAUAGUUUAUUUUACUGCCAUUCUCAGCAUUUCAUCUCUGAAAUGCUGAUCGUUACCGGCUAAAAUAUGCAAAUUUUAGACGCUGUUAUUCAGCUUUUUUUAACGAUCGUUAAAAGCUACUACGGGCCGUUAAAACCUAGACCAUUUACACUCAUUUGGAAGUAUAUUGUUUCUACUUACUGUUUCAAUACGAUUUAGUCGUAUCUCCUUGUAAUCAGCAAAAACAGGUUAUCUUUAUUCUCGUAAUUCAAUUAUUAGUAAGAAAACUGCACCAAAAUAUGCCUCAGGAACUUCAUAAAAUUCUUAAAAGUGGCACCUAACCUAGGUAUCUUUUGGUUAAAGAUAAAGAGGUAUUCUAUCAAUUUAUGCACUAAAACUUGUGGUACAACGCGAUUCAGACUUGAAGGUUUCGAAUCAAACUUGCAUAUUGAUGCAGAAUUCGCCUUGCGGACACCGGCUGUUUUGACAGUAAAUUUCUCCAAAUAGUUGCCGCUCGGAGAUAAAAUAUGUUUUUUUAACCGAAAAAAAAAUAUUUUUCUUCCUCUUCUUCCUUUUUCAAUAAAUAUAUCUUCAGAAAUAUAUUCCUAAAAGUUCAGCAGCCAAACCUUUUCAAAUUUAAAUUUACUAAAUAAAUCGUGUUAUUGCUACCUUACCGUUAUGUGACACGAUUUGGUGGGUUCAUUCGAAGCAUAGUCACAGAGCGAGACUUAGAAAAGGACCAGAAAGUCAGUCACCGCAUUGGCUUGUUUCAAUAUUUUGUUAUAAUUAUUGAUAUUAUUAAGCUUGAAAAUAAUAAAAAAUGCUAUUAGGCAACUUUUUUUCUACUUUAUUUACAGGAAAACUGAACGGAAGUAUACACCAUUAAAUUUACUUACCUUUGCCACUACACUCUUUUUUUUUAUAAGAAUGUUAUUUUUCCGGCCCAGGCUGAAUAUUCUUAUUUUUCUGCCGAUUUUAGGCUGAAAAUAUUCUUGUAUUAUUCUUAGAUUAUAGCUAAUGACAUUUCCGUUUUCGAAUUUAUUGGGGUAUCAAGCACGUGCUCCAUCGCUUUUCGAUGCAGUGAGCGAGGUCAAGAUGUCACGUCAAACGACACUUGGCCGUUUUGGCUUUUGGUUUUUCGCCGUUCAGAGAAACGAAUAAUUUUAUACGGUUAAGUUCAAAAUCUCAGCCUCGGCUUUAUUCUUAAAAUAUUCUUAAAAUUUCGCAAGUUUCAGCCUCGAUAUUCUUAUAAAAUAUAUUCUUAUUAAAAAAAGAGUGUAACCUUAAUUGUUAGUCUCGCCCUGCCGUACGUUCUUUAUUAGACAUACAACAGUUGCGUUUUUAGGGAACAUUUUUUUUACAGAUAAAAUUAAGUAUUUACAUUUUACAGUGGGCAAGUCCUUCACGAAUUGACCUUUACGCUGUAUGGGACGAGCGUACACGGUAAUCCUUAAAGAUAAAUUGUGAAAAUGAGGAUUGUACCCUAAAAGCCGAGAAAUCAAAAAACAGAAUAGGGCGUCUAUUCUCGUCUACUCCACAUCUUAAUUACGUGUUUAUGAAUUCCCAUCACGACUAAGCUGAUCGCUAUUUUCGCUUGAAAACGAAGAAAUGUGUACAGUCAAUAUCUAGAUACCUGAACUUAAGCAACUUUAGUAAGUACCUUAUUAUAGGAAAUUAACGCUCCAUGAAAUUAAGGCAUUGGAAAUUAACGCGACUUAAAUUAACGCGAAUUUAAUGGACAACAACUUUUGAAUAAAGAAAAUUAACGCGAAAGAGGAGGUAGAAUUUUAUCAUAAAGGAAAUUAACGCGAUUGGUGGUGACAACUGGACACAAAGUUAACAAAUAUUGUGAACCUUCCCCUUAGCUUUGGUGAAAGAUGAAAAAUAAAGGGUAAAUGAAAAGAAAAAAGCUUGUAGGUAAUGUUUUUUAGGAGUCAAGAAUGUCUGGACAGGUUCCAAAAUUGGGGUUAAAAUACUGGAAAUUAAGAGCGCGGAAAUUAGCGUUGCACUUAAUUAACGUGGCGGAAAUUAACGCGAAUUUUAACGAUUCGCGUUAAUUUCAUGGAGCGUUAAUUUCCUAUAAUAAGGUAGGUCAUAGUACAUUAUUAAGGCGUGAUGAAUCAACCACCCACUAAUCGCAAAUAUGAUAGACCCUGCUACACGUUGUCAAUAGCUUAGGUCCGAUAUAUGAAAAUUCUAGCAUGAGUCUUUAUGGUCAUAUUUCAGUCUGUAUUUGGUUUGUUAUUCUUUGUGCUUUAGUCUCCUCUGGGAAUUCCGAGACAGUCUGGACAGUUAGAGAGGGAGCCUUGAAUUCAAGUUGGAAUUUUGAUAUAUCGAACUUUGGUUAUUUCGUGAUGAACAGUGAGUGAAGUGAGCUUGAUAGUGUUCGUUUGGCGUAUUUAUCAGAAAACAAUUAGAUUAUUAAAAUAUUUUAUCGAAUUAAGCGUCACCGUUUCAUUUCAUCGCGUAAAAGUCACAUAACAAAUGCGAAAAAACUCAACCUGCCAAAGAAUUUUCGAAAAAAAAUUAACUAAGACUUGCACAAUAAAAGCUUUAUUGAUUCAGUUACAAGAAGAAAUAUUGUUGCCCCGUUUGUUUGAUAAAAGCGACAGUCGACUCUUUUCAGCAGUUGCAUUCUUGGAUAACCUCCGUUAACAACCUAAUAAAGUCUGUCUUUCUAUCUUUUGCUCGGAAAGGUACUUCAAAGUGGCGAAGAAUAGUCUUGAACAUUGCAACAUUGAAGGCCUGUAGCUUCCCUUCCUUGUGAUAGGCGCAAAGAUCAUAUGUGUCAUAUACUAUCGGAUGCUCUAGUCCAAUUCUGCUUUGAAUAUCGUCAAGCAAAUUGUUGCGAUCAGAGUCUCCAAUGAGGGCGUCGAUGUCGUUAUUCUCAUCUGCUGUAAUAUCAAAUUCCUGUUCCUUUGAUAUAGCAUCCUGACCUCACGUUCUCUGCCGUGAAGCGAGGCAUGAAAAAAAAAAAACAAAAACAAAAACAUUAUUUGGGUCUUGGUGAGCCACUCCUCUCUUUGAAACAAUCUUUCAUUCCGUUCAUUUCUGGCAUUGCGCAUUUGACGUUCGAUCUCUUCUAAAUUGGGUUUUUUGCCCGUUCUUUCUCCCAUUUCAAACCUUGUUGUAAGGUACCGUCUCACGUUCUCAGAAAAACGAACUCCGCCGGUUCUACCUUUGUUAAGAGCCCAUCCAAUACUUAGACGAGAAUUUGUGCUGUUAACAGUCAGACCAGUGGAAGAUUUGUUGCUUGUUAACUUCUGGUUCUCAAUUGAAGAAAAUGUUUCAGCCCAGUUUUUCCGUACGUUAUCAUAAAGACUUCCCGACUUCCUAGUAUCAUGUAUUCCUACGUCUAUAUGCAAUUCAAGUUCGGAGAAAGAGUGAAGAGUGCAAUUACAGCCUUCUUCAGGGCACACAAACAUCGAUGGCUGAUUGUCAAUUUCAACGUCGUCUUUACUUGUUUGACACUUUCUUGGGCGAUGAAGGUCUCUUAUUUCUGUGUUGGUGAAAAAUCCUUUUCCCUCCAUUAAUGAUAUAUUUGUGCAACCCUGGUGCCAUAUGUACAAAGAUUGCCAAGGGAUAAGCUUACCGACCCCAACAGCGUAAGCUUUACACACUCUUAUCCCACUCUCUUCGUAUCUAAAGUUGUAGAACUCACUAAAUUGUUUUAUCUUCUGAACCUCAAGAAUUUUGGAUGACUCAUCCAAAAUGGCUACAGCGGUUGUUGUUCCCUUGACAGGCCGUUCCUUAAGCGCCUCUUGCAUUGUUCCUACGUUCAUGAUGUCAUGGCCUUCCGCGCAGUACUUUCUUCUUGCUGCUUUCAUGGGACAAAGCACCCUGUCACAAACAAGCUUUCGUUGCUGGGGUUCUGAAAAAUCAUAACGUGCAACUGUAAUUCGCACUCGAUCUCCAAUAUCUUUGACUGCUGCUGAUUGCAGUGGUAGCAGCCAGCCUCGUCAGAACGUAGAAAUGCCUGCUUAACAGUUGGAAAAUUUACUUUGGUGUUUUGAAAAAGGUUUUCUAGAAUAGAUACAACCGCACACCAAUCUUGACAACACGAAUCUAAUAAAUGGGCAUACGACAGGUCCUUAGCUUUCUGAGUUUCUUGGUCUUUUGAGAUCACACUGCUUAUAUGCCAGCUAAGGGCUCUUUUAGCAAACCAUUCACUUUGCUUUUCUCUGUAUUUCAUUUGAAGAAAUUUCAUGGCCCAGUCAUUAACAACAAGGACUGAUUGGAGGGCUUCUUGUUUAGCAGAUUUUUGGUUAACAGAACGUAAGGCAUGAGAUUUCCAAAGAAAAAUGCCAUUCUUAGAUCUUUCAAAAUCGAAAAGAAGAACAUGCUUUUGUUCUUGGCUGUAAAGAUGGCUGGAGUGUUUCUUUACACUUUCUUCCAUCUCGUCCAACGUUGCCUUCAAUUGUUCGCAUUGUUCACACACCAUAUUGUGUGUGUGAGGACUGAUGGUUGAAGCAUAGAUAAACUGGAUCGCUCAACGCAAAUCUUCUGCAGUGGUCUGGGCACUCACUCUCCUCUGCUGAACAGUUCACUUUAAACUCCGUCUUCAGGUAUCUUUUGCCAUCGUUCAAUCUCUUUGCAAGUUCUGUAACUCUUCUUUUAUCGGCACCAGCCUGAUUCAGCUCUUCUAGAAUACCCAAUAGCCGCUCAAAAGAUGCGACCCCUUCUGCUGCAAUGUUGUCCAGACCACUGAGAGACUUCUGCUGUGAAGCCUGUCUCACCUCAAGAAUGCGAAAAAGGGUUGAGCGGCUAGCCGGUUCAAAUGAUUCUUCUUUGCAAUGUUGAAAGUACUGCGUAAUCAGGGUCGAUCUAGUCACGGUCCGGAUUACGUUUGGCAUUGUUAUUUUGCCUCCCCCAUCUAAGGUCAGUGUUCGCGUUCCAAAGGAGAUAUCUUGGUAGAAAUAAGGACGGUUUACAAGAUCUAUAAAGUGGUUAACUUUGCUUGUGUCCAGACGUACUCGAUGGCCGAAUACUUUCGGGAUACCUCACCCAGGCCCUCGUUUCCUUGCAUGCAAUCUCGCUCUUUCUAUUUGUCUCAAACUUAUCUUUUCAUAAGGCUCGUGGAAUUUCUGUAACAGCUUCAUGGUAUACCGAUAAGCGUAGAUGCUGAGUACUUCAAUCUUAACAUUCUUUGUCAUGGCAUCUCGAUAUGCAGACAUAAAAGCAAUAAGAUCCUCUGUUGGUUCAUCAAGAUCGUUCGCGGUAGGCUGGCGUAUCGCUUGAAAAAGCUUUUCGCUGUCUUUCGGAGCUAUAACACUGCAGAUUACUUCACAUACUUUCGUUGCUUUCGAGUUUGACUAAUAGUCGCGGGUCGCGGGUCGCGGGUAGCGGGUAGCGGGUCCAAAUUCGCGGUCGCGGGUCCAAUGUCGCGGUCGCGGGUCCAAAGUCGCGGCAGGGGAAAAUGAUUUGGGGUUCGAGGUAACAGCUGAGUGAAAACGACUGAUAUGAACACAAUAUAAAGGGAAAAAAUCUUUUUUAUGCGCGAUACUCUACGGUAGCCAAUUUACAGGUUACGGAUGUUAGAGUCAACAAAAUAAUGUCUCAAGAAAAGACCUAAAAGAAAAAGCUGGCCGACUUUUGUGUUCAGCGCAAGUUUAUUUUUUUUUCUUUCUAUCGGGCCCCGUCAUGUGUAAAUUCAGCUUUGAAUAUACUUAUGCAUAACAGUAUCUGAUAAAAAAGUUACCAUAAGUUACCAUCGCUUUCUUCUUGUCGAUGAAUUGCUCACAAAUGCUUAGGGGUUCAAUUACUGAAAAAUACGCGAUACACUUCAUAGACUGCAGAUUAUAUUACGUUACAACAACUUAAAGCCUUUUUUAAAAAAAGCGCACUCGGGCUCAAAAAGCUACGAGUCUGUCGGUAGAAGAAACAAGAACUCUUAUAUUCAGCAAAUGUUUUCGGCAAAACUGAAAGAAAAUGUAUUAAAAUAGGCGCAUGAAACUUCAUUCGAGCGGUAUUCAAGGCAUGAAUUUGAUAUGGAAACAAGUAAUAAUCCACCAAACGAUAAAUCUUGGCACUCUCGGGUUCGAACCUGAUUAAUUACGAAGUCCAUCUACUACCAGUUAGCAAGUGACUCAUUUUCAUAUCCCUUUCGCUGCAAAUAACUCGUGUCUACGUUCGCGCGUACCCACGAGUUAAAAAGUGAAAUCUCAUACAAAACCAAUCACUACUUUGCCAAAAUAAUGUUUAAAGAACGACCUAUUGUUUCCUACGACACACGAUUUCACGCCGGUAUAGAUGUAUAGCAUGUCACCCCUUGUAGUUUUUUACUGAAAAAAAAAAAUUGACGUAUCCAAAAGGCUGAAGUGGGCGUUUUCCUCUGUCCAGUUAACCUCUCUUGGUUAUUUUUUAUUGUGCCCUGUAAUAAACAGGGAAACCAAGUUCCCAUUUACAAUAAAAGCUUUGGUGAUUUUAUCGGUACUAUAUUGGCAAAGGUGAAAUAAACGAUCAUGUUGCAUAAAAAAUACGUAGUUAAAUGAAAUGAAAUUUUAAAAGUACAAUGAAUGAUGCAUUCUUACGUUUUAUAAGAAUCAAAGUCUUGAAACUGGGUGCAAUACAUAUCAACUAUUAAUAAUUAAUAGUCCGGGCAUUUUGCGAAAACAAAUAGGUCAACCUGUCACUAAUCGCAAAAGAAGGUUUUUUUUAACGGUUAUUGACUCAGCAACAUGUCCUCUACAACAUAUCAAAGCUCCCUGGAAAUCCCUGGGGGGGAAGUUGCCAAAAACGGGUUUUAUUAGAACCCCAUAUCUCCCCUAAAGCACAACAUGGAAACGAGGCUGGAUGUAAUGUCUGCCUUUCGCGCGAGUUGUGUGCUUCAUAAUAAUAUAAACUAGCAUAGAUCGAAAGAUUUUAUUAAAGUUACUGUCCAAGAAUGUCUAAUAAAGUGUAUGUUGCAUAAAAUAACCGCUUCUAUAAGAUUUUUUUAAUACACUGUACUGUCAAAAAUUACAUAGCUUACAGAAAACACCCAUCAUGUGGAUGGAUAUUAGGGUACGUGCAGUAUUUACCACUCACAAUUGCGUCUGCGGCUUUUUGUAGCUAGAAAAACGGCAAGAGCCUGUUUAGUUUCUGAAAAUUUGUUUCCUAAUUUUACUGAUUGCCUAAAGAUUGAAUUCUAACAAAAGACACAAUAGCUGAAAAGCUGAUUUGACUCUCACCUUGUCGCGUUUUGUUCGGAUGUCAGUUUAACUUCAAAAAGACUUUGAUAUUAUUAAAUAAUAUAUUUCAUUUUUUAAGUUAUAGGAAAAAUAAUUAUAAGGAAUGCAGACAUCCACCGAUAAGUAAUGUCUCAGCCGACUUAAAGGCAAAAUGCAAAAACCAACAUGGCAGUCUUUAUACUUAAUCGUUAUUAACCCUCGGACGUACACUCAAAUUCACACUCCCACAGAAGUACAAGUGGGGGUGGGGGGGGGGGAGAGAUGGAGCCCUCCCCUAGAGUUUUUGAUGUGUUGCAGUAUUUCAAAACAGUGGAAAGCCUUUGACCUUCUUAACAGGAUGAGGUAUAUCAUUAAUAGGUGGUGGCGCUCCUGGAGGCCUAUGACGUCACCAACAAUGGUGGCCAUCUUAGCCGCCAUCUUGGAUUUUGCCAAGAAUUAGACAUUAGGUUAAAACCGCGAGAAAUGGUGAUUUUUUGUGCUUGACAUGAAAAAUAACACAUGAAUAAGCACUAUGUAGUCCUUGUAGAAGUUCUGGCUUUUUUACACAGGAACCAUAAAUGAUAAGAGUUUCGCUACACUGUACAUACGGGAUGUUUGCAUAACUGCCUUUUGGCGCGAAAAGAUCUCCCUUCACUUGAACUCUCUGGUCAACAUGGCGGACAAUGUGAAUGAUAAGGGUGACUCUAAGACAAUCCAACAGAUUGUGAAGGCUGUAAAGGCAAACUUAAACUUUAUAAAAGGAGAAGCGUUAAGGCUUCUGAGAACAAAUUCCUCUCAAUUUACUUUUGAGGAAAACAUGAGUAAUUUCAAAACACGCCUGCAGAAUAGAGAUUACCCAGCUUAGACUGCAAAACAGUCCGUAUUUUUGCGUAUUCAAAUAAGCGCAAGCAGUCAACCAAAAGGUCUGGAACGAGGCUGUUUUGCAGUCUAACCCAGCUAGAAUUGUAGGAAAACACCUUUCAGAGAUUAAAUUCUCUGAUAGAGAAAUGUCGCUAGCGCAGAGAAACAAAACCGCACCUAAGAAAAUACUGCCCUUUCUAACACAAUACCAUCCGGCGUUGCCUAACCUAAAGGACACACUGAUGGGGAAAUGGCAAUUAUAGAAAAUCAGCCGCAACUGAGAGAAAUCUUUAAGGAGCCCCCCAUCAUCUCAUAUCGUAAGGGAAAAUCCCUAAAGGACAUCUUAGUUAAAGCUAAGCUAUGAAGGCUUUUAUUCAUCCGCGAACUGCAGGAGUCAUGUAGGCUUGUCAACACUGUUAGCAGAGUUGACAAAGUUUUCUCGUGAGCAUCAAGUCGACGAAAUAAAAAUUCAGAAUUAUCAUAUGAUGCUGAGUUUAGAUUACUUUCUGAUGCCUCUAACAGUCUAACCAGUCCAACGAAAAACUCUUCGUUGUUCGGUAGCCAUCGAGAAGCCAUGACGAUGAUCACAUCAGAGGUGAGGAAAGCUCAGGUUCCAAGCCUCCCAUCUAUAGACUCGUACCUAGUCGUUACUCUGUUCCUGUGUAUUUUUACUUCCGCUUCCUUUGGAAUUGAAAUUUUGGUUUUUCGAAUUCGAAUAUGUGACGUGACUUUAAGUCCAAAUUAAAGGUUUCAUUUGGAAUUUUGCGGAAGAUUAUGGUUGCAUUGUUAACGAUUAAGUGGCUUAUUAGAGAGGAGAAGGUGAAUUGAGUUCAAAUCAUGUAAUUUGCAUUUUAGUCGGAAUGGUGAUUUGAACUUCAACAUCCGCGAUGUCGAGUUUUCCCUUUAUAGUUUCAACUUGUUCAAAGUAACUUCAAGUUCGAAUGAUGCUAUUUCGACUGCGUUCACUGCGAUUUCAAAUUCAUAUGACGAGAUUUCGACACGGAUAGUCUAAUUUUUGAACUUCAAAUUGUCUUUUAUUUUCAAUUAUUUUUGUCCGCAAAUGUACGCCAUAAUAUGAGCUGCUUUGACCGGUUCAACGAAACUGAAACGCUACGAUGAAACAAAAGGAAGUGUUCCGCUCAUUUCUUUUGCUAUUUGACAACGCUUUUUUACAGUGCAUUGAGAGAAAGUGUUUAGCCGUCGCACGCAGUAAGAUCAGUCAGAUCAUUCUAAGGGUAUUCAAACCGUUGCAUUGACAGCUAGCGAUUCUUUUACGGAGUAGUCGGCUUUCCGAUAGCUUAGUUAUUCAAUUACUAUGCAGCGCAUUAAAAAACUGGGCACUGUAAGUACAUGUUGCAAAAGACGAUAGCAUUCUGGGCAAUGAAUCACUUCUAAAGCCUUUCGAAACAAUAGGGAACAAAACUCUCUUGGGGAGAGGGGAUGAAUUCGUUUCUACUUACCCCUACCAGGAAAGAAUGCAAGGACGUACGGAGGGACCUACGGUGACGUCAUAACCAAAUUUCUCGUAUCGACAGUUUUCCAUUUUCUCUUAGGUAUGGAGCUCCACGCUCGCGCGCGCGGAGGCUCCGCUAUUAACUGAGAUUUACCGACACCCGAUAUAUAUCGAAAAUGUUUACCAACUACCGACAACUACCCCCCAUUCAGACCUUCUUAAAAACAUGUCAACAACGGGCAGAGGUUUUCUGACAGAUCUAGCGAAACUGAAGGAAAACAUACCCUGGAUGGCACAUCGCGCGAUGCUAUGGAGGCCCCCUCAUGAUUCCUUAUCAUCGAUUGUAACAUUCUACAAUUUUAUACAGAGUGAGAUGCUAGAAUAAUUCAGUCUUGACUAACCUAAUCGUGCUCUUUGAUUAAAGAACCACGAAAAUGGAGAAUCAGAGACUAUAAUUAGAAACUGAUGUUAUGAAAGUUCGAACUUCAAAAUAAUAUAGUUAUUUUACAUUUACUAAAAUAAUGUACUUAUAUGAUAUUUACACUUAAGUCAAACCUCUUUAAUACGGACACUAAUGGGCCAGAACCAAGUGUCCGCUUUACAGAGGUGUCCGUAUUAUGGAGAUAGGGAAUGUAUAAUUUUGGCUUUUCGGGGACCAAACGAACUGUCUGUAUUAUAGAGGUGUCCGUAAGGAGAGGUUAGACUGUAUCUGCUUAAUCUGCAGCAAAACAAACAUCCGUAGCGAAAGGAAGUUAUCGACAGAUGACGUAAAUAUCCUUGACCGAUCAAAGUUCGGCAAAAUAUAUUUUUUCAUCUUUUAAGAACUGGAUAAAAAUAUGAUCAUAUGAAGGGAGCUGUGAAGCAUUUUGUGGCUUACUGAGUCAAGUGGUUCAUUACUACUCUUACUAGGCGCCAUGUCUACUGAUAUGAUGCGGUUCGAUAUAUAUAUGCAAGAGCUCUUACCAGUUGCUACGAAUUCGGAAACCAAGAAGCAGAGUGUUAAGAACCUUUUGAACAGUAGAUUCACUUUCCAAUUGUGGCAAAUUCUCGUUUUUCUGUUCGUAAUGACGAUCAUUAUUACUGUCACUCGUAUUCUGGCCGCAAGGUUUGGUCCAGCGAGCCCAUGCUGCAAAAUUUCUGGCAAAGAAACCAGUGGUGUAUUCGCAGCAACUAAGGAGGAUAGAGGUAACUUAACUUUCCUCCCACUUCGACACUUAGCAUUUAGUGCUUUAAUGCUGCGCUCUUCUAGAUUAUUGAAUUUAAGUAAGGGUUGCAUUGUGCAAGCCAUUUCAUUCCUAAAACUACGAGCGAAUUAAAUUAAUUCAUCCAGUGGUCAAUGAAACGCCUUACCAAGAUAUAUAACCUUAAAAGAAAACCUCCUAAGGUCAGGAUUUAGUGACAAAAUGUCGUUAUCUAAUUUUUAUGCCAAGAAAGACCCUUAAAACGUCGAGCCCGAAAUCCUCCUAGAAAAAAUCAAGAAAAGAGAAAAUAGAAAAAGCGAGGAGAAAGAAAGGAGGAGAAUGAAGAAGGCAAAUGACUGCACUCUUAGUUUUCAUGUUGACAUCUUUAUUUUGGUUGUAAAGUUAUUCAAUAAUCCAGCUCUGAUAUAUAUUUUUCCUACCCUUGCAGCUAACAGAAAUCUGAUAAAAAAGGAUAUAUUUUAAAAGCUAAUGAUUAAGUAAAGGCUUUCAUUUUUCAGCUUUAAAGCCCUACGACUAAAUUUGUUGCAGUUUUACAGCCAACAGUUCACUCUAUUACUCUGAAAACCUCCUGUUGUUUUGGGGUUUCUUGAGUGGAACAUGGGCUUCCUGUGCAAAAGCCAACCGUGUUUAAUAUUUAUCCCUUUGAAAAAAAGAAACACUUUGUUUUUAUCAGCGAAAACUAGGUAGUAGUCACUCUUUCGUCUUUCACUUUUCCAUAAAAGUAAAAAACACAUUUUGUGCAUUUUUUUGUUUAACCGUAUAAUUUUAACUAACGUGGAUGCCCUGUGUUAAAAGCUCAAAAUGUUUAACGCUUAAUUUUGACAUGCUCCGCAGAACGGAUUUUGGCGGAUUUUUAGUAUGUUGCUAGAUGGGCAACCCUUACUUAACUGGCGUUGAAAACAAUUCUGUUGCAAUUAGCUUGAUGUUGAGUCUCGAAAAUGCCUAGAUUGACUGGUCUAAAGCCCUCGGCUCUUUCGGCUUUCUCCCUCUUCGAGGAGCAGGCACAGGCUUUGUUGUCGUACUGCCACUUCCACUCAUUUUUAAUCCCUCACUAUAUAUACUACAUUUCACUAUAUACACUACAUUCCACAGAGAAGCAACGCUAAAAACUGCUUUAGAAUUACUGGAUUACAGCGUCAAGAUUCGAAGCCAAAUGUAGACAAUAACACGCGCUUUUCUCCCUCGAAAUCAAUCACCGAGUGUAUCAAAUUCACAAAGAGGGCGGAGUUGUGAACAGAUUUUUGACAACUCGACGACAUUUUUGAACCCCCUGGUCGGAGCGAACUCAUUGUAUGGAAAAAGAACAGUCGGUUUUUUUCUCUCUCGCCACGCUUUACCAAUUUCUUUACUGAUUUUAAGAAAAAAAACCCGACUAUUUUGCAGUCUACAGGAAGCAAGAAAUAAAUAAAUAAAGCCCGCACUUAUUAAAGCUCUUCAACCCAAAUAUUUUGGAAACGAUGCGCCUCUUGUCCUAGUAAAUAUAGGAGCCGAGCCUUUCUUGGAUGCAUUUCUAGUCAAUUUAGAAGACCUGAAUUCCAAUAUUACUUGGAGAGCAAGUUCUCUUAUUACGCCUGCAUUUACGCUUAGGUGUUAAUUAAGGUUAAGCCUCACCGCUCUUAACUAACUCGUGGUCAGCCUGUGUAAUUGUACUUUCUAGGAUCGUAUCAUGCCUUUGAGGUGAUCGUUAAAGUCGUUGACCCCAGGAAGAAAAGGCUCAGUUUUUAAUGUGAGAAUUUAUUUGUUUUAUUUAUCUUAGAAAUAAUAGGCAACUUUGAAACAAUAUGCAACUUUGAUGUUUCAAUGUGCGGUUUCGUGCAAGGCAUUAAUGACAAGUUUGACUGGACUCGACACAGUGGAAGCACACCUUCUGACCUUACAGGACCUUCCUUUGAUCACACCACAGGAAACAUGACCGGUGAGCUCUAAACUAAUUCAUCAGUACAUCUAGCCAGUCCUACUAUGAGCAACGAGAAUUGUAAUAACGUGUCACAAAUUUAACAGUCAGUUGGUCGGAAUUUCUACUUCAUUUUUAGCAUGAAAAUAUCGCUAGUUUUAGUCUUGCAAAUUUAAUUACAUGUCACUCUUUUCUACCCUUUUUUUGUUGUUGUUGCUAUUGUUGUCUUAGAUGAAACUGCUCGUUUUUGUUUCUUUUUUUGUUACUUGUACGUUGCACAGGUGUAUUAAAUAUAGGCGAGAGUAUCUAAUUUCGACUGCCUCUUCGGACCGGUGCAACUACAAGGUUGCAGUUACUCUUUACAUUCUGGGCUUUGUUGUCAUUUGCCCUCUUAUUCUACCAUGAAUAAGCGUCUUCCUUCAAAGAAAAAAAAUAAAACGAAUAAAAGGAAACUUGGGAGUUACUAAUAGGUACUUCGAUUCAGAUCAUCAUUCAACGUUAUUUAAGCUGAACUAACGUUGUUAGAAUACUGUUUUAAGUCAACUGGAUACAGUCAACUCCCUUUAUUGCGGACACUGUAAGGACCUCGAGUAAGUGUCCUUAUUAGCGAGAAUCCGUAAUAGCGGGAGUUUAUUUCAGUCAAACAUCUCUAAUUUGUUUUUGCCUGGGAUUUAGCUGCUGUCCUUUUUAUCGCGGUGUCCGUUAUAGCGGGGUGUCCGCAAGGCGAGAGUCGACUGUACUUUUUCAGUGCCUUUUGGUCAGUUGUUUUUCUUGUUGCCUUCCUUACAUCUUUUCCUCUUUGUAGGUUAUUACAUGUGCAUUUUUUAGAAAUAUUUAGUCCACAAGAGAGAGCUGGAUGAUAUGACAAAAUUAGACCGUCCUCUACCGAAAAAGACUAAGUUGCCACUCUCUAACCAUCUUCAUCCCUAUAAGGUUAUUACAUGUAUAUAGAAGCAUCCAGUCCAAGACAACCAGGUGAUAACGCAAAAUUGUACGGUCCUGCACUGGAAUCCUUUGGGAAUAUGUGCCUUCAGUUCUAUUACCAUAUGUAUGGUGCAACUACUGGAAACCUGAGUGUCACCGUAAGUGGCAACUUAGUGUUCUUUGCACGUGGUGAUAAAAGAGGCAUUUGGCGUAAGGCCAGCGUAAAUGUAUCAGCUAUCGAGGGAUUGCAUAGGGUAAGAUAAGCGUUAUUUUUGCUUCUCUUCUAACAACAACCGAAUCUUUAUUUUUAUCAACUCAUUGCUUAACAAUAAAUUAGGAUAAUGAAAAUAUUGAAAGUAAAAUUAGAAUUUAAACUUUAAUGACCCCAUCAAUGGUGGUAAAACGCUGUUCUCUGAGAGCGGUAAUUGGGGAAGCCAACCGGGUUGGGAGCCAUAAGCUACCAAUGGCUCACUUUUUUUGUUCAUUUAAUUGCCAUUAAAGUACAGCAGCGGGUCCGGGAAUUUUUUGAUAAAGGGUUCCGAACUUGUGCUCAUCGUUGAAAGUAUGUUAACUGUUUACAGCUGAUAGUUUUCACCAAUCCUGGCCAUCAUUCGCUGUUAUUUAGUUAAAUUUAUAUAAACUACGUAGAUUCCUAUCUGCGAUCCUUAAGUGGUAGUAAUUUCAGCUUUACUGAAAGUACCUUCCAUAACGAGACUUUUCUGGUCUGAAGGGUGCGCAGGUCCACCAUCCGGAAGACGUCUUUCGGUUCUCGGGUCUAUGUUAUCCGAAUCUUACUUAAGCCAUAAGUUUCUGUACUUCGGUCUGUAAUGAAAAACUGAAAAAGUCGACAAGACUGCAUCCGUUAUAAUACUCCAUCUUUACCAUUAAUUAUAAAUUAAGCACACAUGAAAUAUAACUGAUGUACCAUUUGGUAACAUGAUUUAGUCAUAGCAAGAUUAUUCUUUCUUACUCAUAGUGGUGCAAGUAAGUCCGUAAAUGUAGUGCAAAAUAUGAUGCGCCUAGUGUUUCCAAGAGGAUCUGUUUUGCUAUUAGCCGACAUUUCCUUAUUUCUGUAGUUAAGUUUGCAGUUUUAUGACAAAUUCGAAGAUAAUUUUUCAUUAAUUUCAAGACAUUAAUAACAACAGCGACUCUUCCGGACUGAUUGCAACUUUUGACAGGUAACAUUUGAAGGCGUAGUGGGAAGCAGUUACACUGGUGACAUAGCAAUUGACGACUUCUCCUUGACAGCAGGGUCAUGUCCUUAUGGUAAGUUUUUUUGA